AUUUCGCCUGCCCUUCUUAGACAUGGCGCUGGCCAGCGUGUUGGAGCGGCCGCUACCGGUGAACCGGCAGGGCUUUUUUGGACUUGGAGGUCGUGCAGAUCUGGUGAACCUGGGUCCGGGGAGUCCCAGCGAUGGGCUGAGCCUGGCUGCACCUGGCUGGGGGGUCCCAGAGGAGCCGCGAAUCGAAAUGCUUCAUGGAACCACCACGCUAGCCUUCAAGUUUCGCCAUGGAGUCAUUGUUGCAGCUGACUCCCGGGCCACAGCAGGGGCUUACAUUGCUUCCCAGACAGUGAAGAAAGUCAUAGAGAUCAAUCCCUACCUUCUGGGCACCAUGGCUGGGGGUGCAGCGGAUUGCAGCUUCUGGGAGCGGCUGUUGGCCCGGCAGUGUCGAAUCUAUGAGCUUCGAAAUAAGGAACGCAUUUCAGUAGCAGCUGCCUCCAAGCUUCUUGCCAACAUGGUCUAUCAGUACAAAGGCAUGGGGCUGUCCAUGGGUACCAUGAUCUGUGGCUGGGAUAAGAGAGGUCCUGGCCUCUACUACGUGGACAGUGAAGGGAACCGGAUCUCUGGAGCUACCUUUUCUGUAGGUUCUGGCUCUGUAUACGCCUAUGGAGUUAUGGAUCAAGGCUACUCCUAUGACUUGGAAGUGGCAGCAGCCUAUGAUUUGGCCCGCCGAGCCAUCUACCAAGCCACCUACAGAGAUGCUUACUCAGGAGGUUCAGUCAAUCUCUACCACGUGCGGGAAGAUGGCUGGAUCCGAGUCUCCAGUGACAAUGUAGCCGAUUUACAUGAAAAGUAUAGUAAAUCUACUCCCUGAAGGAUGGAUUUCUUGGGGUGACUGUCAUUGGUAAUAUUAUAACAUCCCUUCUAGAGUAGAGUAAUCCACAGUUGUAUCUGUACCUUUUUAUAAAGCCCCUGAAACAUUGAUCACUGUGUGUGACCCGUUAUAAAUGAGCUGCUACAGAGGCCGCUGUUUACUUUCUUGGAUGUUACCAUUACAGCACUCAGUACUCGA